AUGUCCGGAAUUUGUAAAGCUCGCCUCACCGAAGAACGUCGGCAGUGGAGAAAAGAUCAUCCAUACGGAUUUUAUGCACGUCCCGUAAAGACUGAAAACGGAUUAGAUUUAUUGAAUUGGCAAGUGGGAAUUCCGGGAAAAAAAGGGACACCAUGGGAAAACGGCGUGUUUAAGAUGACGAUGACAUUUCCAGAAGGUAAAUUUGUACCUGCCCUCUUUCAUCCAAACGUGUAUCCUUCCGGAACUGUUUGUUUGUCGAUUUUAAAUGAAGAAGAGGGAUGGAAACCCGCAAUUACCAUUAAGCAGAUUUUAUUGGGCGUGCAGAACCUUCUUGACGAGCCGAACCCUGACAGCCCUGCUCAAUCCGAUGCAUACAUGUUGUUCAAAAGAGAUCGUGUGGCAUAUGACAAAAGAAUUCGACAACAAGCUAAAGAGAAUCCUGCAUAA